AUGGCAGCUAUUGGACGCGUCUACAACCAAGCUUUUGACCGCUCGCCUGCUGGGACACUCGCGGUCACCAACGGACUUUUAUCAGGAGUCGCAGACAUUGUAGCUCAAGGCUCUCAGAUUGGUCUCGCUUAUCGCGACGCAAAGAAUGCACCUGAACCCAACCCGCUCACCGCUCCUCCCGCACCCGUGAGCAUACCGGCCUAUGACCCGGUGCGGACAGUCAGAUUCAUCGUCUUUGGCACCAUAAUGGGUCCAGCACUUGCAAGAUGGAACCACUUUCUCGAGCACCGCUUUCCUCUACGCGUGUCAUCCUCCAAUGCGGCCAAAGGCGUCGUCGCCAAUGUGAACAAGGCUGUCGGAGCUGGCUCGUCGUCUAGCCAAGGAAACGUGAGUAUUACAGCACUUGCAAAACGUGUGGGUAUGGACCAAGCCAUCAUGGCUCCUUUUGGGCUGUUUGUCUUCCUUGGAUCCAUGGGUGUAAUGGAAGGACAUUCCUCUGGUGCAAUCAAGCAGAAAUACAUCGACCUCUAUCCACCAGCCAUCAAGGCAAACUGGACCGUCUGGCCCGUUAUCCAGUUUGUCAACUUCCGCUUCAUGCCGCUUCCGUACCGUGUCCCAUUCCAGGCGACAUGUGGUGUCUUCUGGACGCUCUACCUCUCCCUCCUCAAUUCCAGCAAGCCUACCAUGGCAAAGGAAAGCGGGGAAGAUCUCGUGCACGAUGCCAAAGUCGCUGCAAAGAGACUCAAGGAUGCGGAAGCCAGAGCAGAGAGAGCAGAGAGACGAUAA